GCUGCCCUUUCUCCGCAGCGUGAUCUAUGCGGCUCCUUUCCUCUGCCCUCUUCUUGCAGGGAGAGGCUGGUGGCAACAGGACGAGCUGGAUGGAUGGGUAUGGGGAGAAGGGCAGGACGCUCAGCCCUGGGAUUCUGGCCGACGCUCGCCGUCCUGCUCUGCAGCUUCCCGGCAGCCACCUCCCCGUGCAAGAUCCUCAAGUGCAACUCUGAGUUCUGGAGCGCCACGGCGGGCAGCCACGCCCCGGCCGCCGACGACACCCCCGAGUUCUGCGCGGCGCUGCGCACCUACGCGCUGUGCACGCGGCGCACGGCCCGCACCUGCCGGGGCGACCUGGCCUACCACUCUGCCGUCCAUGGCAUCGAGGACCUCAUGAGCCAGCACAACUGCUCCAAGGAUGGCCCCACGGCCCAGCCGCGCCUGCGCACGCUGCCGCCGCCGCCGGGAGACAGCCAGGAGCGCUCCGACAGCCCCGAGAUCUGCCACUACGAGCGCAGCUUCCACAAGCACUCGGCGGCGCCCAAGUACACGCACUGCGGCCUCUUCGGGGACCCGCACCUGCGGACGUUCACCGACCGCUUCCAGACCUGCAAGGUGCAGGGCGCCUGGCCGCUCAUCGACAAUAAUUACCUGAACGUGCAGGUCACCAACACACCUGUGCUACCCGGCUCGGCGGCCACUGCCACCAGCAAGCUCACCAUCAUCUUCAAGAACUUCCAGGAGUGCGUGGACCAGAAGGUCUACCAGGCCGAGAUGGACGAGCUGCCGGCCGCCUUUGCCGACGGCUCCAAGAACGGUGGGGACAAGCACGGGGCCAGCAGCCUGAGGAUCACGGAGAAGGUGUCGGGCCAGCACGUGGAGAUCCAGGCCCGCUACAUCGGCACCACCAUCGUGGUGCGCCAGGUGGGCCGCUACCUGACGUUCGCGGUGCGCAUGCCGGAGGAGGUGGUCAACGCGGUGGAGGACCGGGACAGCCAGGGCCUCUACCUGUGUCUGCGCGGCUGCCCCCUCAACCAGCAGAUCGACUUCCAGGCCUUCCGCGCCAGCGCCGGGGGCCCGGGGCUGCUGCCCGUCCCCACCCAAGGCUGCGUUGUGGCGCGAGCAGCGGGGCCUGGGGCCCGAGCCCUGAGCGUCCCUGGCUCGGCCCUGCCGCGGUCCUGCGGCCACACGGGAGGCACUCGCCGCUGGUAG